AUGCAUGAUAUUGAACAAGGGAAUAAUGACUGGUAUGCUAUGAAAAAUCAGUAUGAAGACCGUAAUGGAUUUAUCCGCAAAGUUUACUCUAUUCUGGUAAUUCAGCUUUCAAUGACUUCAUUCAUAACAGGCCUAGCUGUCGGAAUUGAAGGAUUCAGAGACUGGAUGAGGAUUAAUUGAUGGUUUUUGCUCGCAAUGUUUGCUAUAACAUUAAUAUGCAUCAUCACAUUGUUCUGCUGUAAAAAUUUCGCUAGAAAGGUACCUGAAAAUUAUAUUCUGACUGGGAUUUUUACUCUAGGUGAAAGUUUUCUCGUCGCAAAUGCUACAGCUUAUUACGAUCCAAUAACAAUCCUAAUCGCAGCAAUAAUGACUAUGGGUGUCACAAUAGGAGUCACAGCUUAUGCUUGUUUCACCAAAAGAGAUUUUACAACGGGCUAUGGAGUUUUAUUCGGAAUCCUUCUUGGUGCCAUUUUCUUCGCCCUCUUCAUGGGAAUUUUUGCCUAUUCAAGGCCAAUCAAUGUAUUAGUUUGUUUUGUGUUUGUAGUAAUUUAUACAUUUUAUAUCGUUAUUGAUACUCAAACGAUAGCUGGGGGUAGAAAAUACCAACUUGGAUACGAUGAUUAUAUAAUUGGAGCAAUGUGCUUAUAUAUCGAUAUUAUUGGCUUAUUCUUAUAUCUUCUGCAGUUAUUGGGAAGAAGAAAUUAA